CUGUAAUAAUUAGAAAAUGGCAGCAAUUGAUGUGACACAGGGUCAGGCAUCAAUAGUCUCUAAUAAUAUUUCUGAAACUGAAUCAAAAUCGAAAAAAGUAGAUGGAAAAUAUGAUGACGAUCUUCAUGGACUUGGACAGUACGAUAAAAUCUGUGAAAAAAUUUCAUGUUUAAAAUCAAAUGAUGAUCAACAUAUCCAAAGUAGUCUCAUUGAUUUGCCAUGGGAAGAUGUGGUUUUUCGGCACAUUUUACCCCGACUACGGAUGAGUUCAAUUUUCAAGUUAAGAACAACAAGUCGUGACUAUUUAGAAAUGGUGGAUGGUUUUUUAAUUAAUAUGCGCACAUUGGAUUUAUCGAAAGACUUAAAGUUCAAUAAAAGGGCAUUCGAGCUCGUAACUAAAGGCAACAGCUCAUUGAGGAAGCUUAUUUUAAAAAAUACGAAAGAUUGGCUCACAGAUUCAGUCCUUGUUGCUGUUAUAAUGAAUAACUCUCGAUUGCUCACAAUAGACUUAACGUCAUGUACCUGUAUCACAAAUGCCUCAUUGAUUCGUAUCGGAAACUCGUGCAGAAACUUAGAACAAUUAUACUUACGUGACUGCUGCUGGAUUACAACUAGUGGGUUGAACGCUAUAGCUAUGAAUUGCCCGAACCUAACAAAACUGGAUAUAAAAGGAUGCUGGAAUUUGAGCGAUGAAGACGUUCAAAUGAUCGUUAUGAUGUGCGGAAAACUGACUUUUAUCUCGUUAGCCAGAAUAUAUGGUCUUACUGAUAAUGCAGUGAAGAAAAUGGCACAUAUGUGCCCAGGAUUAAGCAUUGUGAACAUGCAAGGCUGUUGGAGAGUCAGCAACGAUGGGAUCAUGGAAUUGGCGGAAUAUUCCAAAAAACUGAAAUAUGUCAUGGUGAAGGAAUGCCGUGACAUCACAGAAUCUAGUCUCGGAAAGCUGCGAUCAAGAGGGGUUGUAGAUGAUCCUAUGAGUUCAGACAGUGAUGGAAAUGAAGAGGAAUGGGAACCCUGCGAGGAGGAACAGCCAGAUUCACAACCUCCCACAAGAUGUCUCUUCUGUAGUCAAAUGUUAGAUACGCCAGAAAAUGUGCUGAGUCAUUGUAAGAAAGACCACAAGUUUGACAUUGCGCAUAUACAGAGAAUUCAUGGCCUUGAUUGUUUUGGCUAUAUCAAAAUGGUGAAUUAUAUCAGGAAAAUGCAUCCAUCACCAGAAGAGGUCGCUAGUGUAUCUGGCAAGGCAUGCUGGGAUAGUGAUGAAUAUAUGUCCCCUACAGAUCCCGAGGACCUUAUGCUUCAGCUUGAUAUUGAAGAUGAAAUAGAUCUUGAAGCAAUGACCAUAGACUCUGGAAAUAUGGCCAUGUCAUCAGACAUCAAGACAGCUAAUGGUCACUGUGAUUAUGAUGACAUCACAUUGUCAAGGUCAGAAUACAAUGCUCUGAUUGGUCGGUUAAGAGAGGCUGAUUCCAAGGCCAAAUUGGCACAGGAUCAACUAGAAUCUACAAUGAAAGAUCUUAGUACGAUUAAAUCUGUAGCAAAUGGCUUCCUUACAUCAAAAUCAUCCAAUGAAUCACCAGCUACCCAUGAUGCAGUGCGGCACCUCAAAGAUGGCGAUGAUGGAUCAUACGUAGAUGGCUACAGUCAUUUUGGUAUACACCAAGAAAUGCUUCAGGAUCGCAUUCGAACUGAGAGUUAUAGAGAUUUCAUCUAUGCCAAUAAGGAGUUAUUUAAGGGCAAGGUUGUGUUGGACAUUGGGUGUGGAACGGGUAUCUUGUCUAUGUUUGCAGCCAAAGCUGGUGCAAGUAAAGUUAUAGGUAUUGACAUGUCAGACAUUAUCUACCCAGCUAUGGAUAUAGUGCGGGAGAAUAAACUUGAUGACAUCAUCACACUGGUGAAAGGUCGCGUUGAAGAUGUUACUAUUCCUGUGGAUAAGGUAGACAUUAUAAUCUCGGAAUGGAUGGGCUACUUCCUACUGUUUGAGUCCAUGUUAGACACAGUUCUGUAUGCCAGAGAUAGAUGGCUCCACCCAGGGGGUAUCAUAUGCCCAAGCCACUGUAGUUUGAACCUCCUAGGUGUCAGUGAUCCUGAUCUCUACCAACGAAAUAUUGGUUACUGGUCAGAUGUAUAUGGGUUCAAGAUGUCCUGCCUGAGGGGAGACAUAUUACAAGAGGCUGUUGAAAUCAUAGUCAGAUCUGAUAAAAUCGCCACACAGCCAUGUACAAUAAAGGAGAUAGACAUCCACACAUGUUCAACAAAAGAGUUAGAUUUUGUGUCACCCAUCAAACUAACUGCUCUCACAGAUACAACUAUCUACUCCAUAGCAGGCUACUUUGACAUCACAUUUGCUGCCCAGCAACCACAUUCUAAAGUGGAGUUUUCCACCAGUCCAAAGUCUACACCAACUCAUUGGAAACAAACUGUCUUCCAUCUGCAUACCCCUGUCACAUUGGCCAAAGGAGAAAGUCUGGAGGGAAAAAUAGUCUGUAAGAAAAAUCCGAAAGAUCCACGGUCAUUGGUUAUAAAAUUAACAUAUGGUGGGAGCACAUAUACCUACCACAUGAGGUGAUAUAUGGACUAUGCUUAUUAAGAUACUUGAUAUAUAAACUUUACAUCAGAGAUAUGGACUUUGUAUCUUAGAAGGAAAAUGUAUUUGCUUUUUCCAUGUAAACAGAAGCAUACAACAAUAAAAGAAAAUAGUCUAUAAUGAGAGCACAUU